AUGGGAGUUUUGCAGACACAAACCACUCUCGUACAGUCAACCCCUCUAUUCACAGAUUCAACAGCUACUACAACAACUACCACUAAUGAACCUCCACUAUCUGUCAAUUCAUCUGAUGCGGGGGCAGGUGGUUUAGGUUUCUCAGUUGGUCAUUCUACACCACCUAUCUCUCCUCUUCGCCAGGACGAUCCCGAUAUGAUUUUCAGUGAAGAUGAAGAGGAUUUUAGAGGUUUUACCUAUAGUCCCUUCAACAUUCAGACUGAAAAUGAUGAUGACGCUCCAGUAACCAAAGGCCAACUUAAAGCGAUAAAUGAAAAGGUGGAUUCGUUGAUCCAGUCAUCUAAAACCCAAACCAACGAUGAGUAUUCUUAG